UCUAGUUCUUAUGUGCACGGAACAGGAAUUAACACCAUUAACUUCUGACAACACUAAACAACACUGGACAGAAACAAACGGCACGGCCUGGAAAAUCAAAUGGAGCUGGAGAACUGCAAUCUCAAAUGAGGCACGUUAUUGGAAAAUUAUGUAAAGAAGACCAGUGACUAGUGGUUUUAUUAUUUGCUUGGGACAAUGGCCUAUUCAAGUUACAGCAGUUUAAACCGUGCCCAGCUCACCUUUGAAUACCUACACACAAACUCGACAACACAUGAAUUUCUGUUCGGAGCUUUGGCUGAACUUGUGGACAAUUCAAGAGAUGCAAAUGCUACAAGGAUUGACAUAUAUACAGAGAAAAGACAAGAUCUUCGAGGAGGCUUUAUGCUUUGUUUUUUGGAUGAUGGUUUUGGAAUGGACCCAAGUGAAGCAACACAUGUUAUUCAGUUUGGCAAAUCCAGCAAGAGAUUUCCUGAGUCCACUCAUAUUGGCCAGUACGGAAAUGGACUGAAGUCUGGCUCAAUGCGUAUUGGUAAAGACUUUAUUCUGUUUACAAAGAAAGAAGACCAAUUAACAUGUUUAUUUUUGUCACGAACCUUUCAUGAAGAAGAGGGAUUGGAUGAGGUAAUUGUUCCAUUACCCAGUUGGGAUCUUAAGACCCAGCAGCCUAUUACUCAAGACCCAGAGAAAUAUGCGAUUGAGACAGAGCUUAUCUUCAAGUACUCACCUUUCAAAAAUGAGGAGCAGCUUUUCCAGCAGUUCAAGAAAAUCGAAGGACCUAGUGGCACUUUGGUUAUAGUUUAUAAUUUAAAACUAAUGGACAACAGGGAGCCUGAGUUGGAUGUGCAGACUGAUCACCAAGAUAUCCUAAUGGCAGGCACAUCUGUAGAGGGAGUAAAGCCUGAAAGGCGCUCAUUUCGUGCCUAUGCUGCUGUUCUCUACAUUGAUCCCAGGAUGAGAAUAUUCAUUCAGGGACACAAAGUCAGGACUAAGAGGCUCUCCUGCUGCUUAUAUAACCCUAGAAUGUAUAAAUACACAUCAACACGGUUUAAAACACGUGCUGAACAAGAAGUGAAGAAAGCUGAUCACCUCGCAAAACUUGCGGAGGAGAAGGCCAGAGAAGCAGAGAGUAAAGCUCGCGCUCUGGAACUGAAGCUGGGAAGUGAUUUAUCAAAAGAGGCCAGGGUUGCAUUGAGAAAAGCUCAAGAUUCUGCUGCAGCACUUCGAGCCGAAGCAUCCAGAAAACAAUCCAUUUAUGCCUCAAAACAGAAGGCACUAAAGGAGCCCAAAGAGCUCAACUUCAUCUUUGGCGUAAACAUUGAAAGGCGAGACCAAGACGGCAUGUUUAUUUACAACUGUAGUCGGCUUAUCAAAAUGUAUGAGAAGACUGGACCACAGCUGGAGGGUGGAAUGGCAUGUGGGGGAGUAGUAGGGGUGGUAGAUGUUCCAUAUCUUGUAUUAGAGCCAACACAUAACAAGCAAGAUUUUGCAGAUGCUAAAGAGUACAGGCACUUACUCAGAGCCAUGGGAGAAUAUCUUGCUCAGUACUGGAAGGACAUUGGUGUAGCCCAGAAAGGCAUAGCCAAGUUCUGGGAUGAGUUUGGUUACUUGUCGGCAAACUGGAAUGCUUCACCUUCAAAUGAUCUGAGGUUCCGUCGACGCAGAGCCAUGGAGAUUCCAGUCACGAUACAAUGUGAUAAAUGUCUGAAGUGGCGAACACUGCCAUUUCAGAUGGAUGCUGUGGAUAAGCGCUAUCCAGAUAGCUGGGUUUGUCUCAUGAAUCCUGAUGGAACACAGGAUAGGUGUGAUGCUCCUGAGCAGAAGCAGAAUUUACCAAUUGGUGUUUUGAAAAAAGACACCAAAACCUCACAGGACAAACAGAAAGAGCUUUCUGAGAAAAUUCGUCAGCAACAGGAGAAAUUAGAGGCCCUACAGAAAACCACAACUGUAAAGUCAGCGGCAGAUAUAAAACAGCUUCCUUUAGAGGUUAGCACAAAACCUACAGAAGUGCGGACAGCACAGGCUGCCACUCGGUCAUCACAGCGUGCAGCUGCCCGUCCACGUUCACCUCCGCUUCCUGCUGUAGUCAAAAACGCUGCUAGUCAGCCGACUAAAACCCAGUCCCCUAAGUCUUCAACCCCUACACGUCUGACUAGAACCACUGCAGCUGCUUCCACUUUAGCCAAAGGCAAAUCGACACCUACCACACCAGCCAAAUCAGUAAAAGUUGCCCCUAAAGCUGCAGCCACACCUCCAUCAAAAAAUCUGGCUCGCAGAAGUGCGUCUCAAUCCCGCAGUUCAACACCGUCCUCCACAAAGCAAUCUAGCAGACAAGCUUCAGCUAGCAAAAGAGGAAGUGCCAAAAAGGGUAAAGCGCAAGACGAUGAAGAGGAAGAAAGUGAGGAAGAAGAGGACCAAAAAGAGGAGGAGGAAGAAGAGGGUGAGAGCGAAGAGGAGGAAGAGCCACAACCCAAGAAAUCUAAACUGGCAGCAACUGCUCAGGAUCAUGGAAAAGUACAAGUGCAAAAGAAGGUCCCAACAACCAAAGAAGUUAACAGCACAGAGGGAGUAAGCAAUAGCUCAGAGGAUGAUGGAGUGAAAAAUGCCCAUAAAGAUAAAGGUUUGCUGGUUGAGGCUAAGGUAAAUGGAGAAUGGUUCACUGGUCGGGUGACUGCAGUAGAGACUGGAAAGGACAGUGUGCGCUGGAAAGUCAAAUUUGAUUAUGUCCCCACGAACACUCCACGAGACCGCUGGGUGUUUAAGGGCAGUGAUGAUGUUCGUCUCAUGCGUCCUGCUUCACCAGAGUCACAUAGUCCAGACACAAAUCAGGGCCCAGCACGUUCUGUAACCCCGCCGACGGCAGCAGAACCUGAUACAACCCAGAGUGGCCCGAGCAGAGAAACGACAGAAGGUCUUGUCACUAUGAUGAGGACGUUGUUGAGGUACUUUUUCCCACCGGAUUUCCGAAUCCCAAAAGAUUCUGUCAACACUAUGAGUGCUGAGGACCUUGUGGCCUUCCCCAUUAAAGAGUAUUUUCAACAAUACGAGGCAGGGCUGCAGAAGCUUUGUAACUCGUACCAGAGUCGUGCUGAUUCUCGCGCUCGGGCCGUGGAGGAAAAGAGCAGUGGAGCAGAGGCCAAACUCAAAGAGUCGGAGGAGAAACUUCGCAAACUCCGAACAAACAUUGUCGCACUGCUGCAGAAAGUUCAGGAGGAUAUUGAAAUUAGCAGUGAUGAUGAACUGGAUGCCUACAUUGAGGAUCUAGUUACCAAGGGAGAGUAAAGCGUGGAAGUUGUCUGUACAGCUGUUCCUGAUCUUCAUUCUCACAUUGUCUCAGACUUAGUUUUUUAUUUGUUUCUAAAUAUGCCUUGCUUAUGUUUUAUGUUCUGUGGACUGAAGUUGUCGAGAGUUUUAGGUUCUUCAUUCACACCCAAUUCCAUAUCUGAGCAAGCAGUAUUUUACCACUGUUAAUACGGCUUCUUCUCUACCGGAUGCUUAUAUUUUAAACAAUGACCAAAGGAGCCAAAAGCCCCACAUAUUUUGUUGGACAUAUACACUAGCCGGUUUCAUUUGAACAUGUCAUUCAAUUGUUAAGUAAUUUCUUUGCAAAGGAUGAUUAGUAUUUUGCAACACGUCAUUCCCAGCUCUGAAUUGCUCUGUCAGUUUGCUCUUUCAGCAAUUAAAACAAACAAACAAACAAAAAUACUGUUUAAAGAAGGCUGUUUCCAAACCAGUAUGACUGUGAGAGGGUUUCAAAGAAUUUUCAGAUUCCUAUUUGCUGCUACAUUUUUGUUUGUCCCUACAUUGUCUGUUUUUCAAGCAUGAUUGUGUUGUCCAAAACAGUCCAUUUUCUUCCUUUAAGUGUAAUACAAUUUACCCCUUCUUCAGAAACAUUUAGUUAUCAUCUUUAUAUCUAAGUAUAUUUUUAAAACAAUUUUAAGAAAACGUUCCAAUAAAAGUUAGGGUGUAAA